AUGCUGCAGGAGAAGAUCAGUAGUCUAGAAGCCUGGAGAACUCAGGCUGAAAGUCUUCAUCAGCAGGUGGUUGCUGAAAUAUCAGACAAGCUCCAAGAAAGUAUCAAAGAGUUAGCAGCAGUUAAAGAUUUGCUAGAAAGUAAAGAAGAUAUCGUAGGAGCCUUGGAGAAAGAGCUCACACAUGUACAGAAUGGAAGAUCUGACAUGGAGGCCUCACUGAACUCUAACAGAUUGGAACUUGAACAGUCUAUUAUACAGGCUGAUGCAUUAGAAAAGAAAUGUUCAAUUCUAACAGAAGAGUUAGAAGCAGCUCAAAGCAGGCUCUCUGAGGCUGAAAAAUCUAUUAACUUACUCAAUGAGAACAUGUACCAGUUGAAAAUCAGGCUGCAUGAGGUUGAAGAGCUAAAGAAAUCAAAUGAGGAAUCCUCAGACAGAGAAUUAGAAAAAUUGCAGAUACAAAUUAGUGAAUACGUGAAAGAUUUAUAUGAAACAAAGUCUAAUGUCUCAGAGCUUGAGAGUAACAACAGUGAUCUGAGGGCUAAACUUUCUGACACCCAGACAAAACUUGAAGAGGUGAGUGCUGAGCAUGACAAGGAGGCUGCAGUGCUCAAGUCACAGUUGGAGAUGUUACAGAUGGAUGUAGAAGAUAAGGAUGAUUUGAUUGAAAAUCUCAAAGUAAACAUUUCUAAUUUAGAGAUGCAAGUUGCAAAUCUGAAUCAGGAACACAAACAUAAUGAAGAGAAGUCACAAUCUAGACAAACUGAGUUUGUGGAGCUCAAGAGAUCUCUUGAAACAUUUCAGCAAAAUUUGGCUGAAAGUAUACAAGAAAAGGAAAACUUAAUGGACAGG